UGCGCUUCUAAUCUUCAGUAUUGUCAAAACAGAGAAUAUUCUAACAAAAACAAAAGUGAUCGUAUUUACAAGAAUUACAGAGGGUAGAAAGAGAAAGCUUUGGAGAGAGAUUCGAAGGUUUGUGGUGUUGACAUGAGCAACAAGCAACAGGUUGAAUUAGACGAUGAGCAAAUCGCCGAGCUGCGUGAAAUCUUUUGUUCUUUCGAUCGGAAAAAUGAUGGGAGUCUCACACAGCUUGAGCUAGGAUCGCUCUUACGAUCACUUGGUCUAAAACCAAGCCCGGAACAGCUCGAGACGUUGACCCAAAAGGCUGAUAAGAACAGCAACGGUUUGGUUGAGUUUUCAGAGUUUGUGGUGCUUGUGGCGCCGGACCUUCUUCCGGCUAAGUCUGCUUAUACAGAAGAGCAGCUAAGGCUGCUGUUUGGGAUGUUUGAUAGAAAUGGAAAUGGGUUUAUCACGGCAGCCGAGUUGGCGCACUCUAUGGCCAAGUUGGGGCAUGCGCUUACUGCCGAGGAGCUGACGGGGAUGAUAAAGGAGGCGGAUACGGACGGAGAUGGCAGAAUUAAUUUUCACGAGUUCUCGCAGGCGAUAACGUCGGCUGCAUUUGAUAAUUCAUGGGCUUGAAUGACGAAACAAUGGGAUUUGUUUUGGAGAUCAAAGUCACUAUCGUCAAGCACAGUUGAUUGUGAAACAAAUUCUGCAGCAAAUUUAUUGAGUAGUUGUUUCUUGCAGUCAGGCUAGACAAUUUCCACGCUAUCAGAUUGAUGAACAAUUCCAACAUGCCCACAGAGCUACAAUUUUUGGAUUAUUCGAUCAGGGGCUGAUUACUUUCUUUCAUGAACCAUAUUCUGCCUCACAAAUGUGGCAUCCACACAUACAUUUCCCUGUUCCCAUUCUGUGUUGCAUUUUCUUUAAUCUCCCCAUUUCU